UGCCGGAAGCAGUGUGAGCGCGAGGCCUGUCACCAGGACAAUGAGCGGCGGGAGCCGGAGCCCGGGCCCAGGGUCGGGGCCGCACGGGGACAGCAACGCAGAGUUUCACGAGCAGCUGCGGCUGCAGCAACAAUAUGGUAAUGGCGGCGGGGCCGAGGGCUGGGAGGGCGGCGCGGGCACGUUCAUGGACACGGACGGCAGCGAGUACGAGUGGGACUGUGAGAGGGGCGCCUGGUUCCCCAGGAUAACCGAGGAUUUCCUGGCCGCCUAUCAAGCCAACUAUGGCUUCAAUGAGGAGGGAGUCGCCGAGCCCGGCACCGCCAGCGAGAAGCCAGAGCCAGGGGGCAAGGAGGUCAACAAGAAGCCAGAGUCUGGGGGAAAGGAGGUCAGCAAGAAGCCAGACCCCGGGGGCCAAAAGGCCAGCGCCGAGCAGCCUGGGGCACAGCAGAAAGGGGAGAAGAGAAAGGUCGAUCAAGGCUGGAUCGAUGUGGAGGCGCAGAGGAACACCAGCGUGUACGUGUCGGGUUUGCCCCCAGACAUGAGCCUGGAGGAGUUUAUAGAGCUCAUGUCAAAGUUUGGGAUCAUCAUGCGCGACCCCGAGACCGAGGAGUGCAAGAUCAAGCUGUACAAGGACAAGGACGGCAACCUCAAGGGGGACGGGCUCUGCUGCUACCUGAAGAAGGAGUCGGUCAGCCUGGCUCUGAAACUGAUGGAUGAAACCGACGUGAGAGGGCACAGGGUGCGGGUGGAGCCGGCCAAGUUUGAGAUGAAGGGGCAGUACGAUGCGAGCAAGAAAAAGAAGAAAAGCAAAGACUACAGGAAGAAGCUGCUCUGGCAGAAGAAGCAGUUGGAUUGGAAGCCCGAGAAGAAACUCGGCGAAAUACGAUUGCGCCACCAACGAGUUGUGGUCAUUAAGAAUAUGUUUCAUCCGAAAGAGAUUGAGGAGGAUGCGUUGGUGUUGAAUGAGAUUCGAGAAGACCUUCGGGUUGAAUGUGAAAAGUUUGGUCAAGUGAAAAAAGUGCUUAUAUUUGACAGACAUCCAGAUGGGGUGGCUUCCGUGGCAUUUAAAGAGGUGGAAGAGGCAGAUCAAUGCAUACAGAUGCUCAAUGGAAGAUGGUUUGCUGGGCGGCAAAUAAUUGCUGAAGCGUGGGACGGACAGGUAGAUUAUCAGAUUGAGGAAACUGUAAGGGAAAGAGAAGAACGACUGAAAUCAUGGUCGACCUAUUUGGACCAAGACACAUCUGCAGUUCAAUCUUCAGAUGUGCAAAAAUUGCAACAUGCAAGCAGUGGCGUAUCUGAGGAGGUUCCAGCAGCUUUGGAGGGCAAAAGCAGCGCCCAGACUUCAGAGAGUAAAGGCAGCACCAUGUCUUCAGAGAACACAGGCACCAUCCUGCCUACAGAGGGCAAAGGCACCAUCCUGCCUACAGAGGGCAAAGGCACCAUCCUGCCUACGGAGGGCGAAGGCACCAUCCUGCCUACAGAGGGCAAAGGCACCAUCAUGGCUUCAGAGGGCAAAGGCACCAUCAUGGCUUCAGAGAACAAAGGCACCAUCCUGCCUACAGGGGACAAAGGCACCAUCAUGGCUUCAGAGGGCAAAGGCAGGUCAUUACCUUCAGAGAAUAAAGGUACCUAUGUGCCUUAUGAGAACAAAGGCAGUGUCCUGCUUACAGAGGGCAAAGGUACCACCAUGGCUUCAGAGAGCAAAGGCAACUCUUUACCUUCAGAGAGUAAAGGCAGCAUCCUGCCUUCAGAGGGCAAAGACCAUGUGGAGGACAGCAGACCACGAGGUAAACCUGACGAAGCUGCUGAAGUGCAAGAGACUGAAGAGGAAGAAAAGUGGAAUGAAGACAAUCUAUCUACAGACAGCAGUAUGGGAGGAAGUGAUGAAGAGCCUUGAAUAGUUAGCAGGACGUUUCUUUUAAAUGACAUUUAAAACUUGCUUUACAUGAAGUGUGAGUGACAUUGAGUUUUGUAAAUGUAAAAAAUCUGCCCAAUUGGUAGAUGUAGUGUAUUGCAGCAUUUUUUUUUAUUGUGAGUUAAUGAUUGCUUACACAUUUUGAAACUAAGGUUUGGUGUAAAGGACCCUACCAAGGUUUAAUAACCUUAACAGUGGCAGUGUUUUUCAAAGUUGGUUAAACAAAAUACCCAUCAAUUUGCUGGUAAUGGAGGAUAUUUACUUGCAACUUAAGUUUUAUUCUAAUCUUCAUCCCCACUGCCCUGAAGAAGACUGGCUAUUGUGCAGGCACCAGCCUCUCUCCAGUAGCUCACCCAAAUUGAUCCACGUGCACAGUAAUGGUGGGUAAGCAGUACUACAGUGGCGUGAGCAUGAAUUUUUCUUCACUUGCUGCCCACACACACACACACACAUAAUUUAACCAACGGGCGUCAUUGGAUAGUGAUCAUGGUUUUCCCCUCCACCUUAUCCAUCCUAAGAUAGGAGACAACUGGAGCCAAUUUUACUAUCCCUAGCAAGCCGCUAGCUUAGAUCUGCUAAUAUGGAACAGUCCAGAUAAAGAU